CAUGCCCGUGAUGACCUUUUUAGCACAGUGCAGCCCAUAUUCCUUGCCUCGUCUUGCUGGCUUUCGUCGAAGCCAUCGCACUUGGAGCACUUGACCCAGACAAUGUUAUCUUAUUGGGAGAUGCUUGGGUAUGUGUAAUAGCGUAUACAGAUUAAAGAUAAGCGCAGCGAGAAUUAUAGCCAAAAGUGAGGGAGAAUGCAGUCAAGCUCACGGAACCCCACCAAAUUUGAGGAGUAUCUGCAAAGGCGCCGUCUAGCUCAUGCGGAGGCGACGGGCGAGUCACUGGCGGGCAUCGCUGAUGGCAUGCCCCUUCCCCACGCGCCGCUGUGCGUGGGCGUGCAUUCGCCCACGGUGCCCAAGCUGCCCGCCACGCUGCGUGCCUCCUUCAGCACACUUCCCUUCUCCCGCAUUGACUCCCGCGUUGACCCACCCGAAUCCCUGCCCCACUCCCCCGACGGCGCCGCCCGCAGCCCGCGCGUCUCCUCCUCUCAGCACCUAGCCACACGCCACUCCGCCGACUCCGACCUACCUGGCGGCGAGCCGCCGCGCAUGGGGUCGCUGCAGCACAUGCUGUACGGCAACAAAACCCGCGAGAUCACAGGCUACCCCACGAAAUCCAGAUCCAGUUCCAAACGCACCGCAUGCGCCGUGAGCGGCGGCGCCACCGCCGUGGACCCUCUCCGCGCGUCGGCGCCCGAGCUCACGCCCCAGGUGCUCGCGUCGCUCUCCUCGCCGCCCUCCCGUGCUGGCGGCGGCGCCGCCGCCACUCCAGCCGCCGCUGCCGCCGCCGCCGCCGGUGGCGGCGGCUCCGGCAAGGGUCCUCAGGGGGAGGUGUACGGCGAGCUGGCAUCGGCGGCGGCCUCGUUGGCGUCAGUGGCGCAGAAGCUGGCCCGCGGGUCGGCGGCGGCCACGGACCGCAAGGUGGCGGCGUCGUACGACGCCCUGGCGGCGGCGGCGGCGGACCUGGCGGCGUCAGCGUGCCUAAUCAAGCCGCUGACGGCGGUGGCGCCGCCUGGCGGCGACAAGGACGGCCCCGCCGCCGGCCCCUCCCGGCAGCAGUCCACGGCAUCAGGCGCGGGGGCAGAAGCAGGCGCAGGCGCAGGCGGGGGAAACGGAGCUGGAACCGCGAAUGGGAUUGGGACUGGGGCUGGGACAGGGACGCUUCUGCCGUCGCUGCCAUCACCCAGCGGCGGCAGCCCUCGCCCGCACCUGCCGCGUGCGGUCGACCCCACCUCGGCAGCAGCGACCGGCGGCGCCGCCGCCGGCUCCCGCGCCGUGCUUCCGCCGGGGGGCCUGCCGCCGUCGCCCUCUCGGCCGGGGACGGGCGCGGUGGCGACGGGGGCUGCCACGUCACCGAGCCGGGCGCGUGUGGCGGCGCCGCGUUUCCCCGGUUAUAACCCGCUCGUCCACUUUAUGACGAGCGACCUGCCGCCGCCGGGGACGGCGGCGUCGGACCGCUCCCGGCCGCCGCCGUCCAGCCCCAUCACCCACCAGAUGGAGGACGCGCGGCCGCUCUACUCCUCCGCCGGCUCCGGCACCGCCGCCUCCCGCCGCUCCGCCUACAGCCCGCUCCGCCCGCUGCCAGGCACGGGUGCGGCGCGGGGCGCGCUCAGCGGCAGUGCCGCCGGCCUCGGCCAGCCGCCGGCGGUGCUGACGCCCGCCGAUCUGUCGCGGCUGCCUGUGCUGUCGCUGAGCGCGGAGGGCGCCGCCGCGGCCUUCAGUGCGGGCGCGGCGGGCGGCGAGGUGGCGGGCAGCCAGCGGCUGGCGCUGGAUGGAGCGGGCGGCGGCGAGCUGGUGGAUCCGCUGUCGUUCCUGCAGCCGUACGCCGAUGUACGGCUGGCGGACUGGCCGCCGCCGCCCAUCACCGUGACCGACAUGGAGCAGGACGAGCUGGACGUGCGGUACAACAAGGUGCUUGCGGCGCUGCGGGAGCGGCUGCACGCGCGCGGCGCCGCCCGCCUGGCCGCCGCCUUCCGCGACGCCGACCCGGGCGGCAGCGGCGGCCUGGGCGCGGCGGAGUUUGGGGCGGUGCUGCGCGGCCUGGAGCCGGGCGGCCGCGGGCUGGUGGACGACCGGGUGGUCGCGCUGUUCAUCUCCGCACUUAGCCCUGCUGCUGCAGCCGGCGGCGGCGGCGGCGUCGGCUCGGGGCGUGUGUCAUACGGGGCCUUUGUGAACGCGCUGCGGUUCGGCUCGCUGCCCUGGCGCGGCUAUAACGCCAAGCUGAGGCACCGGGUGGGAGGAGACCCCGAGCAGCCCUUCGGCCCGCCCUCGGGGCCCACGCCCUACGGCAUUGCCGCGCCGCCAGCCGGCAAGCCCGGCGCCGGCGGCGCCGCCGGCGUGUCGGCGGGCGGCGGCGGCGCCGCUACAGACGAGUCGCUGGCGGCCAAAUGGUCCGACCUGCACCGAGCCUUCAAGGAGCUGGACCACAAUGGCGACGGAGUGGUGGAGUGGGGCGAGUUCCGCGAUGCCCUGCGGCGUGUGGGCGACCGCCACCACCUGGGCCUUUCUGAUGGCGAGGUGGCGGAGGUGUUUGCGGAGGCGGCGGCCGUUGCUGGCGGCGGUAUUGGAAGUGGGGGCGGGGUAGGAAGUGGAGAUGGGGUCGGGGGUGCAAGGGUUGUGGGGGUUGGCAGCGUAGUGGCCUUGAGGAAGACGGGCGGGAAGCUGGGCAACGCGGCGGUGGUGGUGGCGCCGGGAGCGGGCGACAGCGGCGUGGACUACCAGACCUUCAUGGCCAUGUACGGAGCGGCCGGCAUCGCGGCUGCAGCUACAACCGCAGACGGGGGCGCAGCUGCUACUGCCGCGGCUGCGCAGCAGCAGCAGCAGCCCGGGGCGGCUGUAGCGGCGGUGGCGGCGGACGCGCUGCUACUGCCGGAGUUCUUCCAGCCCAAGACGCUGCGGUGUAGCCACGCCGACCGGCCCUGGCCGCAGAACUGGCGGGCGCCGGCUGUAGCAGCGGGCGCAGGGGCGGCGGCGGCAGUAGCAGGGCCGUCGGCAGCGGCAGGGGCGGCGGAGGCAGCGGCUGUAGCAGGUGGCGGGGGAGGCGAGUCGGGCGCAGCAGCGGCGGCAGUAGCAGGUGGGGGUCAGCCGCUCAGUGGGGCGCAUGCAAAUGCAGCGGUAAGGCUGAAGCGACUGAGCAUGAGCGAGCGGUGAACUAGUGAUUUUGUGAAAUGCGACGCGAUAAUGAAUGAUUGCUAUGAGAGCUAGUUUGUCGGCAGGUUGCGUUGGCAGGAAGCAAGUAAGAGCGCGUGUGAGGUCCGUUGCAAUGAACGUGAGCCACGCACGUGGCAUGCAGUGCGUUUGGGGAACUGCGGUAUGCCGUAUGCGCCGUUACGUGCCGCUGGACGCAAGCGGUUGCGUCGAAGCAUUGCUGUGUUACUCAAUGGUGCUAUUGAUAUAAAGGCA